AUAUAUAUAUAUAUAUAUAUAUAGGAAUACUAUGCUUAGACUAGCUUAUCGACAAUGUUACCUAACGACCAUUCAUGAAUUUUGGUCAGUCUGAGAAUCAACUCAAUGGAAUCUCAUCAAUAACUAAUUACAUCAUAUAUUUUCAUAAUAAAGAUUUUUACUCAGAUAUUAAUCAAAGCGUUAAUUAAUAACCGGAGAUGAUGAAACCGAUUUACUGAGUAGUAUUUUGAUAAUUAAAGCAUUCGUUAUGUCAUUAUCGAGUUAUUAUUCCAAGAGUCAAUAUGUUUGAUUCGUUUGUCAUUGAUCUACAAUGUAUAAAGUACAGUAUUAAAUCUGUUGCUUGGCUAUAUGUCUGUUUACUGAUUAACUCUUUUUCUGUAAUCAAUGGAGAUAUUGUACCAACUACAAUUAUUGGAAAAAUAGUUGGCGGUAUUUGUUCACUUUCUGGUGUACUUGUUAUCGCCUUACCAGUCCCUGUGAUUGUUUCACAUUUUGCCAGGAUAUAUCAACAAAAUCAACGAACUGAUAAACGAGAAGCUCAAAAAAAGGCGAGAUUAUCUCGUUUAACAGAAAUGAAAGCCGUUGCAGAGAAUGCAUUCUCUGAAGGUAGAAAACGAUAUAAAAAUAGGAAAUUAUUGGAGCAUCAUAAAUCAAAUGUAAAUGUGAUAAUAAAUAAAGACAAUACACAAGAAGUAAACGAUAUUGUACAAAAUGAUGAAAUGAAUAAUAUUCAACUUCUUGAGUUGAAAAAGUACAAAGCUGAUGAAGUACAACAAGAAAAAGAUGUAGAAAUGUUCCAUAGGCAUGAAGAAGAACAUAUACAGAAAAUGGACCAUGCAGGAGGAGAACGAAAUGUUUCAACUGAAGAGGAUAAUGAAGAUGUUCAUGAUUUAUUUGAACAACAGUACUAUCAUCUAAUUGAUUGUUUGCAACAAACAACUGGUCUAGAAGUUGCUGAAUUUAAUAAACUGACAUCAAGUGGAAAUAACAAUCGAGUAACAAAUAUUAAACUGAACACCAGUGGAAAAAAUGUACAAAGGCUUAAAUCUUUUAACAGUACAAGUAGUUCGGGUGAAUUACAAAGUCAACCAAUAAACAUGGUACCAGUGAGACGUAAAUUGAUGCUGCCACACGUUAUACGGACAGAGAUCGAACUAAACUAUCAUCAUCCAAUGUUGGACAAAACUCAUUCCUCCAAUCCACAUCCUGAUCAUAAUUCAUCGAAAUACCCUUUGGUAUCGGUCAAUAAAGCCAACAGUGAAGAAAUUGCUUCCACUUCAUCUGAAAGAUGA